UUUCAUUCGGCCAAUUAGACAUUGCGUAAUGUUUUGACGUUGAACGUUAUGCUGCAGCACCGCUAGCUAGCUAGCGUUAGCUGCAGUAGACUAGUUAGCUGGCUAGUAUUGUUGAAGGUAAAAUAUGGGUGAAGUUACGUUACAAGUUAACUGGUAUCAGACUCUCCCCCAGGUUGCGGGCCCAUAAGCAUGUCCACAGAUGACAGUAUCUCUGAAGAUGUGUCCAGCCUGGGGGCCCUGAGCCACUGCCAUGCCGGGGAAGGGGGCAAGGAAAGCGAGUCCUCAGAGGGCACCUCAGCAGCCUCUGGCCUGGGGCUGGGACUUGGACUUGGGUUGGGGCUGUCCGGGACGGAGGAACUCAAUGCCAACUCCAAGACUGCAGGGGAAACUGUAGAUGGGAGAGCUGAAGACAUCACACCAGCAUGCAGCCUCCCCCAUAAGAUCAGGAGCCUGUGUCUGAGUACGGAGGAGGCCUUUGGGCCUGGCAAGAGUCUCCCCUUCAUCAACCCCUCCUCCCUGGAGACCCUCAGAGCCCUGGUCCAAGAGAUCCAGAGUAGUGGAGAGACUGACCCGGAGAUGUGGAAGGACUGCGAGGGUCGAUGGCUGCAUCUGUUCCAGCUAGUAGAGAAACAGUACCAAGAGCAGAUCCUGGCUCAGCAAGAACAGUACCAGUGCCAAAUACAGCUGAUUCAGGAUGAGAUCAAAGCCUUGGUUCAGCUCCAGAACCGCCAGACCAGCACACAGACCCACAACAAUUACCCAUAUACCCCUACUGCUACCACCAACACACAGACACAUCACGAUUACCUGUCUACUGUCACACAGACACACCCAGACUACUCCUCUUCUCCUGCUGUUGCCACCAUCCACCCCUCACCCUCCACGGACCUUCCCAAUGGGAACUUGCCUCUCUCUGCUCCCCCCACCUCCCUCUCUGUCCCCCAACCCGUUCUGAGCUCCACCUUCCCUCUACCCACAUCCCCUCGGCCAGGGCCGGUCACCCCAAGAGAGAGGUGGGCUGAGGGAGCAGGGACGGUGCUGAGCAGUGGGUAUGGGACCCUGUCGGCCUGGGGGUCAGGGCUCGAGGGGACAAAGACUCCGGGGGGAGUAGAAGAUAGAGGCCGGGGGAAAGAGGAGCCUGGUUGGUCCCUUCACCUCCAGGACUACACAGAGACCAUUCUGAUUGGCCAGGAGAGUCAGCAGAGGAGUGCCUCGGCCAAUGAGGUGGCUCCUAGAGACAAUCCUAGUUCACCUGAGCAGCAGAGAACCUCCAGCCAACCGCUGACCUCCUGGGCUCAAAGACAGAGACGCAGCAAACCCAAGAAGAGCACGGCGGGGCAGGCCCAACCUCCCCUGGCUUCCCCCCAACCCCUCCAGGCCCCAUUCCUGGGCCAGAGUGGCCCUCAGACCUCUUCCUCCCAGGAGCAGCAGCCCAGCCCCAGGCAGAGCCCUAGAGACAGCCCCCUGGAGAACACUGACCUCCAGGACCAGCAUGGGUCGGCUGCUACCUUCACCAACUCCUUCCCUCUGAGGAGAAGUGACAGCCUCAUGUCUGAGGCCUCAGGUCUGACGUACUGGCGCCUGGAUGAGAGUGAGCUCUACCGCCCCCUACCUGACAGCUUCGACAGUGGAGCCUACCUCCUGCUGCAGGAGGCCUCUAUCAGUCUGACCUCUCCAGAGGACCAGAAGUUGUCUCUCAGAGAGAUCUACCACAGCAAGCAGAGAACUACUGAGUCUAAACACACCGACUGGGACCGCUCUCUCACCUGCAGCCCCACGUCACCACAGGUGUUAACUCUAGGUCCCACUAUUCAGCUCCGUCAAUCAGAUCGAACCUCCGGCUUCACCUCGCCCUCCCACUUCAGCAGCCCCUCCUACCCCACCCAGCCGCAGCUCUACCCCCACGUUGACACCCCCGUCAGCCCAGACAGCAUGGCCGAGGGCAGUGCCAACCCCGGGGACACAGACUGCGCCUCCAACGCCUCCAGCCUCUCCGCCGUCGCACCUACCCUAGCCAGAGGGGCCUCUGCUCGGAUAAAACCGGCCCCGUCGCCCCCCUCUACCUCCAAGCCCUUGAUGCUCCCCAGCAGCCAGCAACGCAAGGCCUUAGUCACUCAGGCCAGCGAGGAGGAGGGGAGUCACACACACACCAGCACCCUGAAGCAACUGGCUGUGUCUGGGAGGCAGACGCACUCACACACACUCUCCCGGAGCAGCCCUCGUAUGGAGAAAGCGGCGUCACUGGAAGACCCUGUGAUUGUCUCUCUGCUGAGAGAGAAGCUGAGGGAGAAACAUUCUCGUCAUGUAGCUGAUCUGAAGGCUUACUACGAGGCAGAGAUCAAAGUCCUCCGGGACAAACUGGACCUGAGAGACUUGCCUCACGACCUGGAGCAGAGCAACCACACACUCAGACAGAGGUGUGCUCAGCUAGAGCGAGCUCUGUCUGAAGCCAGCAGCCGUAUCCAGGAGCUGGAGAACAAGAACACCAUCCUGGAGAAACAACUGGCUGACUGGCCAGAGCGCUACGAUACAGCCUGCUCCACGGCAACGUCCCUGCAGCAGCGAUUGGACGAAAGCAGGCAGUCAGGCAGGGAGAAGGAUUCCUCGGCCGGCCGCCUAAGGACCCGGGUCCGACAGCUAGAGGAGGCCUUGGAGAACGCCUGCAGAGAAACACAAGAGAAGGAGGCCAGGAGGGAGAGGGAGUACAAGAUGCUGCAGGACCUUCUGGGAGAGUAUGACUCUCUGAAGAAAGACCACGAGGGGGUUAAGGACAAACUGGUGUCUACAGAGAACAAGCUGUUUGAUGCCAACGAGCAGGUUUCUGAACUAAAAAGGGUGAUCUGUAAGCUGGAGAGCCAGGUGAAUCAGCUAGAGCAUGAGAACCAGGCCAGGAGUCGCCAGGCUGUCCACAACCACACACAGCCUUCUGGAGCUGGUCUGUACCACCAUCCAGACCUGUUGCUUUCGCCCAGCAAACACCCUUGGCAACCAGAAUCCACCUAUAGAAUUUCUCCUUGCCCUCAAACCGACCAAUCACACAGCACCAGGAAGUCUCCCUGUCCUCAAACUGACCAAUCGCAGAGUUACAGGAUGUCCCCUUGCCCUCAAACCGACCAAUCACACAGCACCAGGAAGUCUCCCUGUCCUCAAACUGACCAAUCGCAGGGUUACAGGAUGUCUCCAUGCCCUCAAACUGACCAAUCAGGCAGCUCGGGCCACUUUACAGACCACACUGGCAGCAGGAGGUGUUUGUCCCCUCCAGAGCGUGAGCAGGACCGGGGUGAGGUCGUGAGGGAGGCUCGGGGGCCUCUGACCCCACUGAUGAGGGCCCUGAUAGAGCUGGAUGAGACCAGAACCACUGAGGACCGGGCCCCCUGUAAGACCAGCCACAGUACCACUGACUCACUCUCACUGGCCUCCAGGCUGGGCAGCCGGAGGCCCACUGUUGGCUUCGUAGAGAGAAACCACAGAGAGCCACCAACACAGGACAGGGGCAAAGCUAUGGAGGACAGGGGCGGGACUGGUCAUGAGAGUGGUGCGGCCGGAUCUGAAAGAGGCAUGGUCUGUCUGAAUGGAGGCAGGGAUGGACCUCCCCAGGGUGUGGCUUCUCCUGGAAGGGCUGCGUCUGGGACAUUCAGGGGAGUGUGUCUGCUGAGAGCCCAGAGAAGUCUGUCUCCAGAAGGCCACAGGUCCUCCUCUCUGCCACCCCGCGCCCAGAGGGCCACCUUCCCCCCUACCACACCCACUAAGAGAGAGACCCUGAUGACGCCUCAGUCGGCUAAAUCCAGCCCCAAACGCUGCCCUACAGAGAACUACUCCACUGCCUUUGGCAACCCACCACCACGACAACAGCGGCUACACAACAGGUUUGAUGUGGCAUCGGACCAGAGACGCCACUCCUUCCACAACUCCAGCCCCAGGAAGAGACUGUUUUCAGAAGCCACCCAGCGGUCAUCUGGUGGUUCAGUUGAGUCAUCGGGCAGUGUUGAGCCCCAGGAGGGGGUGUGUGGGCUGGGCUGGGAGGAGCAGGGGGCUGGGGGGUCAGGCUCAGACCUCCAGGACCCCGGGACAGACCUACAGACCAGUCUCCACUCCCUGGCCGACGCUGAGAGGCUGUUUGACGAGCUCACUAUGGAGAAACAACAGAUUGAGUCAGCGUUGAGCCGGAUGCCUGGAUCUGGUGGGAGGGUGAGCCUGCAGACCAGGUUAGAUGAGGUGGCCUUAGAGAAACGUCUAGAGAGCGUAAACCGUGACCUGGGUUCCAUCCGCAUGACCCUGAAGAGGUUCCACGUUCUACGCUCCUCUGCCAACAUAUAGCAAUGUUUUUAUUAGAUGACGUCAUAGGUAGGGUCUAGGGCUUUUCCUGGUCAGAAUGCAUGGUCAGGAAAAACUCCUGUUCCUAGUUAUAGAUGAAUAAAUAUCACCGUUUUCUGUGAUGUAGUUGGAUAAAGAACCCUGAUUGUUCUCUCUUAACUCGCAGGUUGGCAUUUAUUGAGAUGACUCAUGUACUCGAGCAGCUCUGCAGUGGUCACACCUAGCUGGCACAGCCACAAUGUCAUAAAAUAUGAUUUAAAACCUUAACCAUACUGCUAACCCUAAUGCCUAAUGUUAAAGGGACAUUUCAACAUUUUUCAACUUCGUAUUCAUCAUCUGCACUACCCCAACAUCAACAUAUGUGAAAUGUAUGCGUUUCAAUGUUUUGUAGUAAAAAAUAUAGAGGAAGAAAAGUGUUUCCGAUGACAUCGGUGUGCAUCGUGGGAUUUUAACCAAUUGUGAGUAGGCUUUGCCUACCAAUUGUCUACUAAUUGGUUGAUGAUGUCAUUGGAAACACGUUUCUUCCUCUAGCUUUUUUAAUACAAAACAUAGAAAUGUGCCAUUUUCACAUAUGUUGAUGUUGGGGUGGUGCUGGAGAUGAUGAUUAUGAAAUUGAAUUUUUUUUAAAUGUUCUUUUUAAAUUAAGACCAAAAAGCUAAUUUUUGUUUUUAUACAGCCAAUUUUGACUUUGCAGCUGGCCCAUCUAGCGGAAACCGUUCAGUUCUGCCUCCGGGGCAAAACUCAUGACAAUAAAGGUCAACCUGCUCUUAACUCUGUAUCACAGAUCACUUGUACAUGACCCACAGUCUUUUUUACACAUAUAACUCUGGGAUAUUUUUCUAUAUGUUUGGAAGAGCUCACAAUUUUGCGGAGUAUAUUUUUAGAAAUGCACAGAUUUGUAAAGUCGUUUACUUUUUUAGACGUUAUAAAAAGAGAUAAUAUAUGCUUUACUUGCUAUAUUCAGGUAAAUUAUGUCAAAUUAUUUGUUUUGUUUUUUUGUUUUGUUUUUCAACUUUUAUUAGAUUUUUUAUCAGCCAUCUAUGAAUCAAUAUAAAUAUGAAUGGCAGAACAUCCUAAUAUCCAGCAGAGUCAUUUACCCAUCUGGAAUGUACCACUGCCAUCUCAGUCUAGGUCUACAUUUUUAUGCAUCGUUUUGAUAUGUUUUUAUUCCUCGUACACUGCAUAAAAUUGUAUUUAUUACAUUUAAUUGUUGUGUUCAUUACAAUGUUUAUUCCUGGUGCAUUAAAAAUAUAAUAAUCUUGAUAGCCUACAACGUUCAAUAAAAAUAAAAAAAAGUUUGCCCGAGCCAUUGUUUUUCCCAGUUCCAUCAUUACUUGAAAAUCUUUUACAAAAACCUUGUAUUUUAGCAAAUUUGAAGUUGCUUGCCUUUUUCCAUUUUUAUAUAUUUUAUCUCCUUUGAACAUUAUUUUGUGUUAAUUCUGUUGUGAAGGGAAGGAUUCCAUCAGUACCUAACCCCCCUCUCUUCCAGGUAUACUAUGGACCUCCUGCAAAAAUUGAAACCAGCACACAUUUGAAAUAUUACACACAAGUACACUGCUCCACAAAUGGACAUUGCUUGAAGCAAUGUCUUAUUGUAAUGCAUGGAAUUUAUACAGUAUUUGCACUGUUUCAGUUUUUUUGGCCAUGUAGUGUUUUUUUGCAGUUGGCAAUGAAUGACUUGACAUGAACUUCACUGGAACUAAAAUGUACUGUUGUUCUUUCAAUAAAUAAUGCUUACAUUAUUACAA